AUGGCAUAUAUGAAGUUAGGGCUAAAGACGACUCAGCGGACUUCACGGAAGCGUUGUACACGCUGCCGUUUGCUAGGGCACAACUGGGCAACGUGUCACGGUCCGAUACCGGAGCUGUGUAUGCAUACAAGGAGCAACAAGAAAUCUGACUUGCGUAUACUAGGAAACAAGGAGCUAGCACAAUUUGAACGAGAAAACCGGAGAGCAAGAACCCAGGCUAACCCUAUGGCUGACGGAGGAGAUACAGGGGCUAAUCCGCCCAACCCUCAGCUGGGUAUCGUCCAACAACAGCAGAGGCAGAACAAGCCAGAGCAAGCUCCUCCCGCUCCUACAAGGCAAGACUAUGAGAUUAAGCAUAGUCUAAUCAAUCUGGUUCAGAACCGCGUGUUCCACGGGCUACCAUUGGAGAGUCCUCUAGAUCACAUUGAGGCUUUUGAGAGGCUGACCAGUACGAUGAGGUCCAAUGGUGUACCCUAUGACUAUCUAAUGCUGACUCUGUUCCAAUUCUCUUUAGCGGAUAAGGCAAUUAGAUGGCUAAACCUGUUGGAUGCUGGAUCACUCACCACUUGGGCACAAUGUAGAGCAGCUUUCCUGAAUCACUUCUACACCAAGUCACGCUCAGCCAAACUGCAAAGCAAAAUUACUACAUUCUCACAAGGAGGCAUGGAGUCAUUUUGUGAAGCAUGGGAAAGGUUCAAGGAGUAUCUUCGAGACUGUCCUCACCAUGGUUACACACAAGAAAAUAUGACGAACAUCUUCUAUGGGGGCAUCGAACAGAAGUACCAGAUGGCUUUAAACACGGCCAGCAAAGGAGAUUUCUCCAGCAACACCGCAAACGAAGCGAAUGCACUGAUAAAGAACCUUGGAGCCAGCAACAGCAAUCACGACACAGACUAUGACCGUACGGUUAGGGUAAAUUCUGUUGAGACUGAUGCUAUUAAGGAUCUCAGAGCCAGGGUAAAUCUCCUACUGAAAAGGGAUAACCAAAGUGUCAACUUGUGCGAGGAACAAGCUGGGGGAUAUGCAGACUUAGGAGCUGAGACAUACCAAGAGGGUACGGAGGAAGUGAACAAUAUGGGAGGACAAGGGAACUUUCAAAAUCGAGGUUUUUACGAGAAUUUUAGGAAUCAUCUAAUCUGUCCUAUAGGAGCAACAAUGUCGAGAACCCCCAGGAUCAGGUCUAUCCACCGCGACCUCAGCAGAGCAACUUUGCAUAGGGCUUCCAGAACAAGGAAGAAAAACACCACUGAGGUGAAUGUCAAGAUCGACAGCAUGUAUUCUGAGCUGAAUGGGAGAAUCAAAUCAUUAAAUUCUCACAUAAGAGUGCUGGAAAACCAGGUGGCACAAUCAGCAGCUAGAGUCAAAGCACCUCCAGGGACACUUGCAGGGAAGAACAAGGCUAAUCCAAAGGAAUAUGUGAAUGUCAUCACCCUUCGAAGCGGAAAAAACCCCGAUGAAGUUCUUAACAACACUUCUGAUGACGUUGUUAUACCUGGUACAACAAUUCCUGAAGGAGAGAAACCCAGCGGAUCCCAAAAACCCUAUGCACCCAGACUGCCUUUCCCUACUCGCCGCAAGACCAAGAUUCAGGACCGAGAAUAUGAGAAGCUGAAAUCAGUGGUAGGAGAGCUUCAGGUUAGACUCCCUUUCAUCGAAGCAGUAAAGAUGGUUCCAUCUCUCAAGAAGUAUAUGAAAGAGAUCCUCACUGACAAGCUCAGUCUGGAGAAGGAAGUGAUGUACCUCACACAAGAGUGCAGUUCUAUGCUCCAAAAUUGA